ACGAACGGCCGAGAUCUGUCUGAAUUCAAAAAAGGAAACUCCAAAAAAAAAAAGGAAACUCGUUUGUCGUUUUAUAUCGAUCUAGAAUCUAGAUCUGUCAAUCGAGAGUCGAAUUAAGGGUUUUCGUCGGGAGCCUCCAUGAUGGAACGCAAGGGACAUGAGAAGGGCAGCCGAAGCAUCUUGGAACCGAUCCCUCUUGAUCUGAAGAAGAAGAAGAAGACUAGAUCGCGUCUGACCCAUCACCAGAAAGACGUCUUUUGCGGAGAUGAGUCAAGGGACAAUGGCGUUGGUAGCGACAAGAGCCCCCCAGGUAAGAAGCUACAUGUCAUCCUCCCUUUUGAUAUGGAGGUGGAGACACUGACUAGAUUGCCUGGAAAGUCGCUUAUGAAGUUCCUAUGCGUGUCCAAGACUUGGUCUUCCCUUAUCCGAAGCCAAAGAUUCGUCGCUUCUUACUACGCUGCCAAGCCUUCCCGUUUUGUAGCCGCUUUCACCAACAGUGUAUUUGGUGAACCCAAGCGUCUGUUCAUCUUGUCGGGAGAGGAAACUUGUUGUUCUUCUUCUUCUUCUUUGGUUGCCAAGCUAGACAUGACAAUACCCUUAGUGACCUUGCCUUUCAACGUCUACAAGUAUUUUUCCGUCCAUGGCUUUAUGGCUUGUAAAGAUGGGACAACGUUCAUUAUAUGUAACCCUAGCACGCGGCAAUUCAUUACCUUUCCCUGCAAGGCAACGAGCACACGCUUGGGAUACGAUCCUGUUGGUGAUCAAUUCAAAGCAUUGACCCUGUUGACAUCUAGGUAUGAUCAUAUGCAUAACCCUAGUUUGAUGUGCACGCACGAGGUUAUAAGACUUGGAAGAGGAGGAGUAGUAUCUCGUAGCCGAUUUACAUCCCCGCCUUAUCGCCCUUUCACUGCCGGACUAAGCAUCAAUGGUUUCAUCUAUUGUGGUGCUUCUGUUCCAGUUCCAGUUCCAAAUCAAGAAGACACUCCUUCUACUCGUGUGUUUGUUGUGUGUUUUGAUGUUAGAAAGGAGAGGAUACUAAGUUUUAUCACAACGCCUAAGGAGGUCCUGGUUUGGAAGGGCUUUACAUCAUUGAUAGAAUACAAAGGGAAGCUAGCUGUCGUUGUACCAAACUGUUUGGGAUGUGCUUCUUUCGACCGUUUUGAUCUUUGGAUACUGGAGGAUGUGACGAAACAUGAGUGGUCCAGACAAUCAUUUGAGCUUCCCUUGCCUCUUCCCUUCACUCUGGGGAUGGGUAAGCGUAUGAUUUCCCAAGGAACCAACAAGGCCGGUGAAAUCGUUUUCUCCCCAGCAAUUCUGCCAGGCCGUGCCCAGCCCUUCUAUGUUUUCUACUUCAACCCUGUCACGAACAACAUGAGAAGAGUCAGGAUCCACGGAGUCGCAGAUACUGAAGAGUUCUGGAGCCGUUAUGGACUCACUGGCACAUGUUGCGCCUCUUUCUCACCCCAACACGCUGAUAGUAUUGCUUUAUUAUAAACGUGUGUGUGUGUGUGUGUGUUUUUUUACUGGUACUGUUGAAAUACAUGAACGUGAUAGCGAACAAGAAGCUCGAUUGGCAGACUAUGGAGCAGGUUCCCGUGGCGGUGGAACUGCCCGAGGAGUUUCAGUUUCGGUGUUUUUGUCCCGUCUCCAAGGAACAGUCGAGUGAGGACAAUCCUCCUCCGAUGAUGAUGUCUUGUGGCCACGUGCUUUGCAGGCAGACUAUCACCAGAAUGUCGAAGAAUGGCGCUAAGAAAAGUCCUAUGUAUGAACCGCAUUGGAGCAUAUAAUGAUUAGAGAGAGGCAUUCAUAAUGCUCUAAUAAGAAGAGGAGAAGACACAUUCAAAGACUGAGAAGAAAAUAUCCAAAAGCUCUAGCUUGUAGUUAAUUAGCUACAACAUAGCCCUAGAGAAGUUGUCCUUAAAUCUAUUAAACCAACGCAAGACAAGAUUUGGGGGCUUUCAUAAAACACAUUUCUAGUCCAUUACACUAAA